AUCGUUUGUCCCCAGAAAAAAGGUUCAUUUACAUAAUUUUUUACAUAAUUGGAGCCAAAGAUCUGCCAUGUUAUUAGAGGUGCCAAACUCCCAAUCUUCCCUCUCAGUUUUCAGCUAUAAAUAGACAUAGCCAUAUAGACGAAUGAAGUCAAGCAGAAGCCUGGAGAACAAAUUUAUUCUCAGCUUUCUUCCGUGGAGUUUCUUUUGUUAACUUGGCAGAAAUGGCCGUCAAUUCCAACAAUAUUGAAACUCAGGUGCUGGAAUCUGACACUGAUAUGAACGUUUACCCUGGAGUCCAAAACCAGGCGAUUGUGCAAUCACUCUACAGGGCAUUGGAUGACGGGGACAUGGACGCCGUGUCCAAGCUCUUAGCAAGCGACCUGGAAUGGUGGUUUCAUGGCCCUCCAAAAUGCCAACACAUGAUGAGGGUUCUCACCGGAGAGUUGAGCCUGCAGGCCACUUUCAGGUUCGAGCCAAGAAGCAUAGAAAUGGUUGGUGAUUCGGUCAUUGCCGAGGGAUGGGAAGGAGCAAAAGCUUAUUGGGUUCACGUUUGGACUGUGAAAGAUGGUCUGAUAACACAAUUCCGAGAGUACUUCAAUACAUGGCUCACCGUAAGGGACCUGCGGCCACCGCGUUGCGAAGUUAGACGAGUGAACCACACUUUGUGGCAGAGCCAGCCGAGGGAUCUUGUACGCCGCUCGUUGCCUGGCGUUUUGCUAGCAAUCUAGCUAGUGGCUGAAGAAGACAGGCCCUGACAUUAAUUAAUGGACGGCCAAAAAACACUUGUUCCCACGCAAGGUAUAUUGUAAUCCACCUUAUAACUACUAACUUUCAAAAAUUUAAAGUCUCACCUAUCAACCAAUUUUUGUUAAAAUUUUCAAGUUAGGAUUAAGGAUA